AUGCAGCAUCGAGCUGUUGCUAUCAAGCAUUUCUUCUACCUACGGAGAGAAUAUACACCUGUAGACUUCCCCAUUACUCCAUUCUUUUCUUCUUGGGGUGCUUUUCUUGUGUCGGCGGAUUCUGAGCAGUGCAAUACCAAUGGCCGAGUCUGUUGUUUCGUUCGUGGUGGAGAAAAUAGGAAACCUGCUCAUCAACGAGGUCAAAUUCUUGAGGGAGUGGAGGGCAAGGUCAAGGACCUGCACAGCGCGCUGAGGCAGGUCCAGGCCUUGCUGAGGGAUGUGGAUGCAAGACGAGAGCGCAAGGAAGCUGUAGAAGAAUGUGUCGCACAACUCCGAGACUUUGCCUAUGAUGCUGAGGACGUCAUCGAGAGAUACUACCUCAAAGCGGCGCUGACGGAGGGACAGAACAUCAUCAAAGCGUAUGCUUGCUUCAAGGCGAAGUGCUCGUGCGUGCAGGUUCAUGAGGCGGGGACAGAGAUCGAGGGCUUAAAAUCCAGAAUUUCUGAAAUUGGUGAUAAGAUGCAGAAAUAUGGCAUACAGCCUCUGAAUGAGAGCGAAUGCGAAACCGCGGCUUCGACGCCAGAACGGACUUAUGCCCAUUUCGAGGAGGAAGAUUUUGUCGGGAGGGAAGAUCAUAUCAAGGUGUUGGUGAACGAGCUGUUGAAGGAUGGAAACAACAGAGUUAUUUCCAUUUGUGGAAUGGGUGGUUUGGGUAAAACCACUCUUGCUAAGAAAGUCUUUGCUCAUGACAAAGUGAAGAAGCAUUUUGAUGGUUUUGCUUGGGCUUGCAUAUCUCAAAAGUACCGUGUGAGGGAUAUCUUGGAGGGAAUUCUUGCUAAGUUGAACCCUGAUCAAAGAGAAGGGGUUACGAAGAUGAAAGAUGACGAAUUGUUUGAAACUUUAUACAUGACCCAAAAACAAAAGAGAUGUAUUGUGGUUCUUGACGAUAUUUGGACCGAACAGGCAUGGGUUGGUCUUAGAAACGCAUUCCCGACCAAGGACACGAGAAGCAAGCUAUUGAUAACAACUUCAGGAGAGCUGGGUUCUGCUAAAGAAGAAGGAUUAGUUGUUGAAAUUUCUUCUGAUGGAUCCAGAGUUGGUCAAGAUAUUGUUGCGGGCCAAGCUGUAGAAGAUAUUGCAAAACAGUCAGAGAUAGAGGGACAAAUACCGGGUUUUGUGUCGCUGAAUGCAAACAACGGAGCGAGAGGAAUUUCGGUGGAAGAUGUAGCAAAGCAAUAUGCUCUAGAAGAGAGUUUUCUAAGCAUUCUUAACAUUCAACAGGACAAUGAGACGGAGAAUUGUUCUGCUUCAAUGGCAAUAAAAGUCGAGUCAAGUUGCAAAAUACGAAGGCUUUCUCUUACUAGAAAUGUGAUUCCGAGCUUAAAAGCAUCAAGAAGGACUCUGGUCCACCUUCGAACUCUCAUGUCCUUCGAAGGCGACAAAUGGGAGCCGAAGCAAUUUCAAUCUAUUUUCAAAGACUAUAAGUUUCUCAGAAUUCUGAAACUAGAGAACGUUAAUGUGAUGGGAAGCUUACCUAGAUCAGUGGGAGACCUAGUUCAUUUGAGAUUCUUAAGUUUAGUAGGUAGUAGGUUUAAUGACUUGCCGCAAUCUAUGGGGAACCUUGUAAGUAUGGAAUUCUUGGACUUGGGAGUAGAUACCUUAGUUUCCAUGCCAAAUGUGUUGUGGAAGAUGAGAAGGUUGAGGUAUCUCCGUCUUCCUUACAACUUUGACGUCAAGGAGAAAUUCCAUUGGGGCCGGAAGAAGUUGCGGUUGGGCACUUUAAAGAAUCUACGGACAUUGAGAAACUUCAGUCUGAAGAAAUGUGAUGUGAACGAUGUAGGCAAGCUUACCAAUCUGCAAAAAUUGACCGUCUGUGACAACUUUCAUCCUAUCGAGCUAGAGAUAUUUCUGCAACUUGCUGAAUUCAAUUUGAAUUAUCUUCAAUCCUUGUCUUUUUAUUCCCAAAAUCAUCAUUUUUUAUGGACUGAAGGUGGAUUGAAUAAAAUGUCAAACUAUCCCUAUUCUUGUAAGCUAUCCAUUUUUGGAAAUAUAGAGAAGUUACUAGAACAUAAAAGUCUACCUGAGCAAUUGAGGAAGCUGGUCUUAAUAAAUUCUAAACUCGAAGAAGAUCCGAUGCCAAUAUUGGAGAAAUUGCCUCACUUGGUUUUUCUCAUGCUGGGAUGUGAUGCUUUCUUGGGAAAGGAAAUGGUUUGCUCUGCAGGAGGCUUUCCUCAACUCAAGCAUUUAUUUUUUGGUGAAUUACGAAAUCUGGAGGAGUGGAGGGCCGCUGAAGGAGCCGUGCCUCAUCUUUCUCGAUUAGGGAUCUUCGAUUGUCCCAAAUUGAAGGUGGUACCUUCACAUGUCUCUACAUAUAACGGUUCGGACGAAAUACUCAAGGAGCACGAUAAGAGCAUAAUGAGAGAGAUGUUGAUGUUGCUGGCCAAGGGUGGCCCCCAGCUGUCCUACGCGAGAGAGAAAAUAUUCGAGGGAAAAUGAAAAUAUUAGGUGCGCCGGGCGCUCCACGUCACCGUGCGCCCGCCGAAUAAGAAUGAGACACGUGUCGCCACCUGGAGCUGGGUCCCGCUUUUAUUUUUAGCCAAAUUUUUGCCGAUUCCUUCUCUCUUUCAUUAAUGGCCGCGUCCUUCUCCCGCCCUUCACAUUUGAAGCUUCUCCUGCACGAAGUCUCUCUCUCUCCCAAAAAUCUUUCUUUUCUGUCUUCUCCCACACAAAGUCACAAAUCCUCCACGGCCUCCGGCACGACGCCUCCGCUGUCCUCGAGACACUCCUUUGCACAAAGAGGCGCCAUUUUGAAAAAAUUCCAGUCGGAGCCGAGGAGCUACCGGUGGAAGUGGGAGGUGAGUGGCUUCGAGCCGCGGAAGUAGUCGUCGACCUCCGCCUCCUUCGACACCGACGACCAGCACCGGCCGAGCGCCCCCUUCGUCCAGCGGUACUCGAUCUCCGCCGCCGCCGCCGCCGCCGCCGCCUCCUCGCUGCCCUCGCAGCUCCCGCUGGCCUCCAAGGUCCAGCGGCUCGCGGACAAUGUCCAGCUUGCGAGGCAGGAUUACUUGGAGCUGAGACAAGAGGCGAGCGAACUACAGGAGUAUUCCAACGCAAAGCUCGAUCGAGUCACGCGCUACCUCGGCGUUCUCGCUGACAAGACGCGGAAACUAGAUCAAGUCGCCCUUGAAGGUGAGGCUAGGUUAGCACCGCUCGUCAGUGAGAAAAGGAAGUUGUUCAAUGAGUUGUUGACAUCCAAAGAGUAAUUAUGAUAGAAAAGCAUCACCUUUUCUGGCGAAAGAAUUACUAAGAAUUUAUACAAAGGAGAAAAGUUGGAGGGAGCAACUCUGGAAAAAUGGCAUUGUAAAAUCAUCUCCAAUGCCACCACGGACACGUCCUGAAUGUGUGGGGACUGAGGAGGAUCCUAAGUGCAUUAUAUGUCGGCAAUAUCUUUAUCUUUCUGCAGUUGUAUGUGAUUGUAGGCCAUCUGCUUUUGUUUGUCUUGAGCACUGGCAACACAUCUGUGAAUGCAAACCCAGCAAACAUUGCCUCCUUUACUGUCAUACAUAAGCAGAGUUAAGUGACUUGCUGCUCACUGUCGAUAAAUACAAUGGUGAGGUGACUCAAAGGAGCAAGGUGCUCCAACAAAGAUCUUUCUCCAAUGAAACAAGUUCUUCAGCAAAAAAGGUGUCUUGUUGCGGGAACAUAUACAUAAAGAAGCUAAGGUCACCUGCUAGAGUUGAAUUUUCAUUGAUUUCCCUACGAGUGGCUUAUUGGUUCAAAACCACUUCAAUUAUUUUUUCUACAGCUGAUCUGAACCGUUUGCAAGAUGACGGUUGGUAAUUAGGCAAUCUGAAGUUCGCCAAUUGAACUCCGGAUCGAUGGCUGCUUGGAAAUGGUGCAGGAAUCUCUUCAACAUAGGUGUAUAUCUGUAGACUAGACCCUCAUAGUGUGUACAUGAAUGUAGCUUUAGAGAUUGUUAAAUGGUUGCGUGCUCAAAUUUAAUGGGCACGAAUUUGAUGUUAGAUGGUUGCCUGCUCACUAUUAUCUUGCUGUAUAUAUACACAAGGUCAUUAUGAGUUAUGAAUGUGACCAAUGA